AUAGCGAACACAGUUACGAACAGCAGUAGAGAUAGCAGUAGCUGAGAUGGUGAAGAUCGCCGCCCUCGCCUUGCUCGCGUUGCUGGGAUCCGUGGCGUGCCAAGGUGACAAUGGCUCGCCUGCGGAGUCACCGGCGUAUUCUGCAAGCUCGGCCCCGGCGAGCUUGAAGGCGAUCAGUUAUCCUCCAGGUGCCAGCCCCAGCCAACCCAUGCCGAGCCCGAUUGUGUUGAGCCCGAGCCCGCUCGCUCAGCCUCCUAGUCCUAGCGUCGACCUAGGCGCACCGAGCCGAAGCCCGCCGGUAUAUCCACCGAGUGUCAGCCAACCCGCUCUUCCUCCGUCUGCUUCUUCCAGUGCCCCGAGCGCAAGCUCACCGGAGUACCUUCCUAGCCCUAGUCCAAGCGUGUCUGGUCAAACCCCACCCACAUAUUCACCUGACCCAAGUCCACCUAGUCAUCCUCCUACCAUUAGUCCAAGCCCAUUGAGCCCGAGCACUACUAUUGCUUAUCCACCGAGCCCAAGCCCUAGCCAACCCGCAUAUCUUCCUAGCCCAAGCCCGAUCAAUCCAAGGCAACCCAAUCCUGCCAGCCCUAGCCCUAGUCCAGCACCGUAUAUUUCAAGCCCUAGCCCAAGCCCAAGCCCAAGCCCGGAUAGCCCUGCUCCAGCCCCUUAUCCUCCCAGUAACUCUCCCAGCCCAAGCACUCCCGUUUCAGGGCUCAGUGUCGGUCACUACAGCUACUCCUGCCCAAAUGCGGAGGCCAUUGUCAGGGAGGCCGUGAAGAACGCGAGGGAGAAGAAUCGCGGCACCGGCGCGGGGCUCAUCCGUCUCUUCUUCCACGACUGCUUCGUCCGGGGGUGCGAUGCUUCCGUUCUCCUCAACACGACCGGCUCCGGCGAGCCGACAGAGUUGAAGGGCCCGCCGAACAAGACCCUCCGAGGCUUCGAGGUCAUCGACGCGGCAAAGGCGGCGCUCGAGGAGGCCUGCCCCGGAGUUGUCUCUUGUGCGGACGUCCUCGCCUUCGCCGGCCGCGACGCCACCUUCUUCCUUACCAACCGCACGGCCGCCUACUUCCCGAUGCCGGCCGGCCGCUACGACGGGCGCGUGUCUUUCGCCAACGAGACCACCCUCAACCUGCCGUCGCCCACCUCCGGCCUCCAGCAGCUCAACAAGAGCUUCCACGCCAAGGGGCUGAGCCUCGAGGACAUGGUCACCCUUUCCGGCGCGCACUCCGUCGGCCGCUCCAGCUGCUCGUCCUUCCACGACCGCAUCCCCCCCAACCCCUCCGACAUGGACCCCGAGUUCGCGAGCUCCCUGCGGGAGCAGUGCAGCAGCAGCGACCCCUCGGCGAUGCAGGACUUCAAGACCCCCGACGACCUGGACCGGCAGUACUACCAGAACGCCGUGGACCACAAGGUGCUGUUCACCUCCGACGCGGCGCUCAUGGCGUCGAACGAGACGGCGAGGAUGGUGCUCGAUAACGCUCAUGUCAGUGGGCUGUGGGAGAAGAAGUUUGCGGCGGCGAUGGUGAAGAUGGGCGGCGUCGGGGUCAAGACCAGCGCCAACGGCGAGAUCAGGAAGAAAUGCUGGAUCGUCAACAAAGUGUGACGUGUCGAUCGAUCAGGUGGUUCAUCGUAAGAAGGUCUCAUGAAUUGUUCGAUGCCACAUUCGGCACAUGCACGCCGUUGGUGAUGAUUUUUUUCCGGUUUAUUUUUUUCAGACUAGGACAUGCAAAAUGUAGUACAUCUGUUUGGAAUUCUUUUGGCGUAUAUAUGGAGUGAGAAA